AUGGCUGAGCGCUACAUCCCCGAGCACAGAAGGACUCAGUUCAAGGCAAAGAACACCUUCAAGCCAGAUGAGCUCCGCCGCCGUCGCGAGGAGCAGCAGGUCGAGAUCCGAAAGGCAAAGCGUGAGGAGAACUUGGCAAAGCGACGAGGCAUCGGCACUGGUGACAACCGACCUGGCGCUUCCCUGGGCGCCGCACCCGACAGCGAGGAUGAGAACCCUCCCACAGAGUCCCAGUUGAGCGAGGACCUCCCUCAGAUGGUGCAGGGUGUGUUCUCGGACCAGAUCGAUCUGCAGAUUCAGGCUACCACCCGUUUCCGAAAACUCCUGUCCAAGGAGCGCAACCCCCCGAUCGAGGAGGUCAUCAAGACCGGUGUUGUCAGCCGUUUCGUCGAGUUCCUCCGAUCGCCUCACACCCUCGUGCAAUUCGAGGCUGCUUGGGCUCUCACCAACAUUGCCUCUGGCAGCGCUGCACAGACCCAGGUUGUCAUCGAGGCCGGUGCCGUCCCCAUCUUUGUCGAGCUCCUCGCCAGCCCCGAGCCCGACGUGCGCGAGCAGGCCGUGUGGGCUCUCGGAAACAUUGCUGGUGACAGCCCACAAUGCCGCGACUACGUCCUUAGCUGUGGCGCCCUGAAGCCUCUGCUGGCCCUGCUUGGCGACAGCCGCAAGCUCAGCAUGCUGCGCAACGCUACCUGGACCUUGAGCAACUUCUGCCGGGGCAAGACCCCUCAGCCAGACUGGAACACAAUCGCCCCUGCGCUUCCCGUGCUAUCCAAGCUGGUCUACUCUCUGGAUGACGAAGUCUUGAUCGAUGCCUGCUGGGCAAUCUCCUACCUGUCCGACGGGUCCAACGAUAAGAUACAGGCAGUUAUUGAGGCCGGUAUCCCCCGCCGUCUGGUGGAGCUGCUCAUGCACGCCUCCACCUCUGUGCAGACCCCCGCGCUGCGCUCUGUCGGAAACAUUGUCACCGGCGACGACGUCCAGACCCAGGUCAUCAUCAACUGUGGUGCCCUGCCCUGCCUGCUGUCCCUCUUGAGCUCGAACAAGGACGGCAUCCGGAAGGAGGCGUGCUGGACUAUCUCCAACAUCACGGCCGGUAACUCUACCCAGAUCCAGGCCGUCGUCGACGCCAACAUCAUCCCUCCUCUGAUCCACCUGCUCUCCAACGGCGACCUCAAGACGCGCAAGGAGGCUUGCUGGGCUAUCAGCAACGCUACUAGUGGAGGUCUUCAGAAGCCCGAUCAGAUCCGCUACCUUGUCGCCCAGGGCUGCAUCAAGCCCCUGUGUGACCUCCUUGGCUGCCCAGACAACAAGAUCAUCCAAGUCGCUCUGGAUGGCCUCGAGAACAUUCUCAAGGUCGGCGACUUGGACAAGCAAGCUGCCGGUGAUGCACCAGAUGCUAUCAACCGCUAUGCCCUGUUCAUUGAGGAGUGUGGCGGCAUGGAGAAAAUUCAUGAGUGCCAGACCAAUGCCAACGAGGAGAUCUACAUGAAGGCCUACAACAUCAUCGAGAAGUACUUCUCUGACGAGGACGAGAACGCCGAUGACGGCAUGGCACAGGCACAAGGUCCCAAUGGCACAUUCGGUUUCGGUGCCAACGGUGGUGGCCAGGGUGCCGCGCCUUUCAACUUCUCCAACACCAACGAGAAUGAGUCCAUGGAGAUGUAG